GUGCUUUUAGUUCAAUAAAUUUAUGAUUUUGUUAGAAAAAUGACAAUUCUAUAUUCCUAUAAACCAAAUAAAAUGAAUGAAUAAGUUUGAGUUAAAGUCUUAUGUAAUUACUCAUUUUGAAUUGUACGAUAGUGUUAGUACACAUUGAACUAUACAGUUCAGCAGUUUGAAACAAGAUAUCAUAUUUUCCGAUGUAUGGUUGCUGAAAAAAAUCAACGAAUAUCUAAUGAACAAAUACGAAGUACUUGGUAUUGUUGGUGAAGGAGCUUAUGGCGUAGUACUGAAAUGUCGACACAAGGAUACACAAGAAGUGGUAGCCAUUAAAAAAUUCAAAGAUAGUGAAAGCGAAAAUGAAGAUGUCAAGCGGACAACAAUGCGAGAGCUGCGGAUGCUCAAAGCUCUCAAGCAAGAAAAUAUUGUUGAACUAAAGGAAGCUUUCAGAAGAAGAGGGAAAUUGUAUCUGGUGUUUGAAUAUGUCGAAAAGAAUAUGCUUGAAGUACUUGAGGAACAUCCUGAUGGUGUGGAACCAGAGAAAGUCAGGAGCUAUAUUUACCAACUUGUAAAAGCAGUACAUUGGUGCCACAUCAAUGAUGUUAUUCACAGGGAUAUAAAGCCUGAAAAUCUGUUGAUUGGAGCAAACGAUGUUUUAAAAUUAUGUGACUUCGGUUUUGCAAGACCUGUGGCAGUACCAGGAAAAGGUGGCACCAAUUAUACAGAAUAUGUUGCCACAAGAUGGUACAGGUCACCUGAAUUAUUACUUGGUGCAAAGUAUGAUAAAGCUGUUGAUGUUUGGUCGAUUGGAUGCAUACUUGGAGAAUUGAGCGACAGUCAGCCAUUAUUUCCUGGUGAAAGUGAAAUUGACCAACUUUUCACAAUACAAAAAGUACUUGGACCACUGCCUGCAGAACAAAUGAAAAUGCUAUUAACUAACCAGAGAUUUGUUGGCUUAAAGUUUCCCACCCUUGGUCAGCCUGUGACAUUGGAAAGGAAGUAUUAUGGUAUAAUCAACAGUGUUAUGCUUGAUUUCAUGGAUAAUACAUUGAAAAUGGAUCCAUCUGUUCGAUAUACAACUGCUGAUUGUCUUGAUCAUUCUGCUUUUCAGAUUGAAAGAUUAAAAGAUAAAAAUCUUCAUCGAAUUUUAACCAUAAGUCGACCGUAUAGCAGUAAAAGUCGACAAACUCGAAACAGCAACGGUGAUGCACAAAGACCAAUCACACCUGGAAAACAUCGAGGAAGAAUUGAACGCGAACAUUAUGAUGCUAAUUCUGAACAACAACAAAGGACAAACGGACAGAAUGCUAAUAAUCACAGUUCUAAAAAAGGAAAUAAAUUUCUUAAAAUGUUACGAUCACAAAAAGAGAACCAAAAUCAAGUUGACUUCUCACCCACGAAGCAACAGUUUCCUGUAGAAGAAAAAUCAUCUUUUGAUAACAGUAAUGAUGGGUCCUCUUACCCCGAUUACCCGAAACAUGUAAAACAAUCAAGUGAUAUAACAGGGAACGUAUUACCUCCUAUGACGUCAAAUCAAAACCGCCGCAAGAAAAAUCGUUCAGAAGAUAUGAAUGAUAGAAAUGGGGUCAAAUUUCACAAUGAAAGUCCACCCAAUUCUAUGUAUCCUGAUGGGGUUAAAUCAAGGUCAAAGUUCAACACUUCUUCUCCGCCUGGUCCUGAUUAUUCAGAAAAUUCUCCACCUCCAGACUACAUGAGAUUUAUUAAAACUCCAAAGCAGGGAUUAAAAAAUAAUAAUUAUGAUAUUUUCACAACACAAGGAAGACAACAGCAACAACAUGAUGGUGUACCGGCAGUAAAAUCAUUUUAUGAAAUGCGGGAAGAGAUACAAAAAGAAGAUGCGAAAAAUUUGAGAAACGAAGAACUUACAUUUGCCAGUCAACAGCAUCAACCUCAACAAGCAAUACACAAGCAAAAAAGUACAAUUCAAGAAAAAAUAUCAUCUUUAGUGAGAGGUGUUAGUAGGAAGCAAGCACGAAGUGAAGUUGAUCUUACAUCUCAAACAAUACCUGAGUCAAAAUCACAUCUCAAUUUGCAUCAGACGAGGCACGAUAGCGAUAGAAUAAUUUCAGUUUCUCCGCAGUCAAAUGCUGGUGAUAAUCAAUUGUCAUCGCAACAUAGUAAAAGUGUCAUCAGCAGUGUAAAGAGUUUCAUGACAUCGAUACCUUCUGAUGAUCUGAGGGAUGAAAAAACACAGUAUGCUGAUAAUGAUGAUUAUAAGAAAGAACUUCGAAGAAUAAAGUCAAGCAUUUUUGGAAAACGGGCAAACAGGGAAAAAUCAGCACCAUUGAAUAAGAUAAAAGCUGCCAAUCUUCAACGACAUGAGUCAUUGGAAUUGAAACAGUCGCAAGCUAACAAUACAAGCAACAACACACAAUAUUACACAACGCCUAGAGAUUCGAACAACAAUAGACAACAACAGCAAUUUGCAUUUCACCAUACACAAACUGCAAAUGAUGCAGUCGGCAAUCUGUCCUAUAUUGCGGGUAUGCAGGCAGCUGCAAUAGCUGGUACAACAGCAUUUAAUAGAAAUCCUAAACCAAGAGAGAAAAGAGCAAAAAGUCAUUAUUAUGAUUCCAAACUGGAUUCACAAGAUCAUCGCAGUCCUUCUCCUCCACUCAAUUCUUUCAUUACAAGAUCAUAUUCCAGAGCUCAAGAAGAACAUUCACCUAAUGAACAUAAUUGGACUACAAAUGAACAAUCACGAAAAGAUGUUGAAAAUUUACAAAAUAAACAAACAAUGGCAGUUCAUAGUAUUUUGAGUAAGAAGAAAAAGAAAAUGAACAAAAAGAACAAAGUAAACAAUUUGCCAGAUAAUGAACGUUAUUUGAAUACACCUGGAUUGGUGAAACAACAUAUUGCCUUCUGGGAUAAUAGAGCUUCAGAGACACACACAAGUUCAAAUAUCAUGGGUACAAGUCCCAAUCAGCAGAGUGGUAGAGCAUCAUCUCUUACACCUGCUCCAUCUAAUAUGUCUCCGCCCACCCAGUCAAAAAAUUAUCGUCGCCAACCAUCCUCUCUUCUUGCCGACCAAAGUAGCCAUCUUAGUCUUGGAUCUGGCAUGCCAGGACACUCGCAUCAACCUGUCGGAUCAGGAUCUCAAUUGUAUUCGGGACAACAACAGCAUUAUACAAUGUAUAAUGAACCGAAUAAUAGAAUGUUACCUUCUUUUAUGAGAUCAGGGCCAGGUCCAUCAUCAGGAACCCACUCAAGCUAUUUAUCCUCUCAUCACAACAACUCAUAUUUACAUCAUUCUUCUUCUAAUAAUAUGCAAAAUCGUCAUGAAAGAAGUGGAAAAGUUCAAGCAGAUAAUCUUGAGGACAGAUUGAGUAGUGAUUUGCAUAUCGGAGCUUCCGGUUUAACAAAUGGAUUUGAUCCAACUUCUACAGCGAGGCCAACCAGCCGUCAACAGUUAGGACCUCUUAAAAGUGCAAAAAGACGAAAGGGACAUCCUGAUCAUUCCAUCAAAGAAACACCUAUUUAAUUUAUCAUAUAACG